GUGAGAGCCAAACAGAAAAUCAGGAAUCAGAAGCCCCGUAGCAAAUCAAGCGGUCGUGGUCACCAGCCUUUUUCCCCUUCUUUAGAAAAGGACUUAUAUGAUGAAUUCAAGACCAUGCAAAGGGAGGGUAAAGUCGUCAAACGAUGGUGGUUUAAUACUCAUAUGAUACAGUUAGUGAAAGAACGCAAUCCAGAGAAAGCAGACUUCAAAGCAUCAGAUCAUUGGUUUUUCGCCUUUUGUCGAAGGUAUGGAGUAGCUCUUCGCAGGAAAACACACACUGCCUAGAAAGCCCCAGAGCAGCUGACAAACACAGUAACGAAUGUCCAUUCAAAGUUUUGCAUGAGCGAAAAAGAGGAAAGUACGAAGAUUGUGACACUGCAAACAUGGACCAGACUCCGCUUCCUUUCGUUCUUGAUGACGGUAAGAGCUAUGAUUCAACUGGGGCAAAGGAAGUCUGGUUCUCAAAAGCCUCAUCAGGUUUAGAUAAACGCCAAUGUACAGUACGGCUCACCAUCUUCCUUGAUGGAGUCUGGCGGGUGAGGCCUACAAUCAUCUUUCGUAGACAAGGAAAGAGGAUUUCUCCUAAUGAAAAGAGAAGUUGGGAUAGCAGGGUAAAUGUGAUGUUCCAGCCCAAGGCGUGGUGCGGUGAAAACGUCAUGAAAGUUUGGGUCGAAGGUGAGUGGGGAAAUAUGUUCACAAAUCCCCCAAGAGCUAAUUUAUACAGUAAGAUUUUAGUUGCUGAUGUCCAUCGUGCUCAGCAGACAAAUGAAGUGAGACAACUCCUGCAAAGAAAGAAAACACUCUUAAUAAACAUCGGCACUGUCAAGUCAAGCCAUUAGAUGUGUCUGUCAAAAAACCCUUUAAAGAUGCGGUCAGGACUCAGUUUGAGAAACACCUCAAUGGCAAUCUCACUUUGUACACGGCAGGAAAGAUGCCAGCGUCAGAGCAAAGGGUAGUCUUGACAAGAUGGGUUGGAAACGCAUGGGAUCACAUUUGUUCUAACACGGAAAUGGUGAAGCGCUCAUUCAAGAAAUGUGGCAUUAAUGUCAACAUUGAUGGAAGUGAGAAUGCGUUAGUCCACCUCAAGGGCAUCAGUGAGUACAUGAUGCCAGAAGCAGAUGAAGAAUUCCACGUGGACACUUCCACUGAUGAGAAUGACACAUCAGAUGAGGAAAAUUUUGAACUGAUCGACGCAGAGGAAGCUGUUGAUACCGUUGAAGUGCCAUAG